UUUGUUGUUGAGUUGCUGUCUCUCUGUCGUAAACCCUGCAUCUGUAUUUACUAAUAUUACAUUUUGAAAUACAUCAAGACAUUCAACAGGUUUUUUAUACCACUGACUGUACAUGUGCAGUUAAUCGUAAAUUGAAAUAUUGUGAUUUUAGAGGGGAACGAAAAAAAAACGGAAGUCACUGUAUCGCUGUAACAAUGAUAACGACGUCACAGUUCAAUUGUUAACUACAGAUCGUCGUUGAAGACAGAAUCUCAUCGAUAAACUCACAGACCGGCUGGUAUCUAGACAAUCGAAGAAGUUUUAUUUUAUUAGAAUUGGAAAGAGAAUAAGCCGAUAAGCUAUGGAUGACGUGGACAAUCCGUAUCAGCAGUUAGAGGCUGCAAAAAAGCAGCUUAUAAUGGAGUUCAAAGAAAAUGCUAAGUCCUCUCAAGAAUUAGAAUUUUGGAAUAGAAUGGAAACUGUAAGAGAUAAUUAUCCAAAUUCACAAGAGGACAGUUCAUCAGGAGACACAACAGACGAAGAGCAAGUCGACGGAGAGAAUCUGAAUAAAGGCAAGAAAACAGAUGAAAAGGUACCAGAUACAGCUUCAGAUGAGGAAACAAAAGAAGAGAAGUCAGCUGCUGGAGAAAGAGCAGACGAAGAAAAGGGAUUAAAAGAACAUGCAGUAAAAUUCCUAAUAUCUGAUAUGGAACAUGGAGCAGGGGAUGAUACACCUUUGCCUCAAAAAGAUUUUAUAUUCCAGAACGAUAGCAUGGAGCAUGACUUUAGUCAUAACGCUACCAAAGGUGAAUCCCUGAUCAAUUUAUUUGAAAACGAAGAUUACAAUGGACUGGGAGCUUUACAGUUGACAGAAGACAAACUUCAAAUAAAUGAGACGGAUCACAAAAACGAAUCUGCCGAAAAGACCAAUGGUUACAAGGUCGGUAUCAAAGAUGUCUUCAAAGAAGCAAAGAAAACAGCAAAAAUGGAAGCAAAGGAAUCUGAUAAGAAAAGACAACUGAAAGAAAAAGAAACAAAGAAGAAACAAAAAAUGGAAGCCCGGGAGACUGAAAGGAAAAGAAGACUAGAAGAAAAUGAAUUAAAAAAGAAAAUUAAAAUGGAAGCUCAGGAAUCUAAGGAGAAGAAGAACCGAGAAGAAAAUGAAAUUAAGAAAAAAAGAAAGAUGCAAAAAAAGAAAGCCAAGAAUCAGAAGAAAUACGAAAAAUGUGUAUCUAAGGGAGAUAAAUAUGACGCAAAGCUAAGAAGAAAAGAAGAAAUUAUAUCGGAGGAUAAGCAAUCUAAGUCUAAAAAGAAAAGUGAUCAAAAUGAAUCUAAAGAAAAAAGGAAACAAGAAACAAAAGACAAAAAAGAAAAAGAAAAAGAAGAACAUAAAUCUAAUUGCGAAAAACUUAUUAUUGAAAUAAAGGAACGAAAUGGCAAGGUAGUAAAGGAGAAAAAAGUACUAAAAGCUCAAAAAUCCGCAGAGAAAGGAAAGGUGAAAACAAACAAAUUACACGAGAAAAGAUUAGCUGAAGCCAGUGAAUUUAAUGGAAAGGGCAAACCUGGAGCAAAAGAAACUAAGCUUAACGAAAAACUUAAAUCAAAGGAAUUUAUAAAGAAAAGUGUAACAGGUGAGACAAAACCAGUGAAUAAACCAAAGCUGGUGGAUUUUGUCAGAAGCCUUCUUGGAUUCGUUUGGAUCAGACAUUAAAACCUUCAGUAAACCAUGCUCCAAUUGUAUUUGUUGAACAGUUAUAUUCAUUUGGUUGUUUAUUCAUUUAUUUCUUACUUUUGUUUAUUUAUCAUUUUGUUUUUGCUAUGAGAUCAAGUUUUGUUUGAAUAAAAAAAUAUUUAUAAAGA